CCUGCCUCUCACUGUGUGUGUGUGUGUGUGUGUGUCUUUAUUUCCGCGUUCAGACUGAAUGAGUCUCCACGGCCACAGCAGCUGCGUUUCUACCUUAAAGUGCGUCGCCGUGCGGGGAUAUCUCAUCACGCACAUCACCGCAUCACCUCCUGCUGGACUCCACGCUGCUGCAGGAACACCAUGCUCACGCGGGUGAAAUCUGCGGUGGCUAAUUUCAUGGGAGGAAUGAUGUCCGGAGGCUCCAACGGAGACCAUCCCGGAGGCUCCGACCUGCCGCUGAAAUACCCCUACAGCCGGCCGGACUUCCUGGGGCUGUCGCCGGACGAGGUGGAGUGCUCUGCGGAUCACAUAGCGAGACCGAUCCUCAUCCUGAAGGAGACCAAGAGGCUGCCGUGGUCCACCGGCUACGCAGAGGUGAUCAAUGCAGGAAAGAGCACAUUAAAUGAGGACCAGGCCUGCUGUGAGGUGCUGGUGGUCAAAAGGAGACCUGCAGGAAGCUCCACGCCCAACCGGACCCCCACGACCCGCAGGAGGUCUUCCCUGCCCAAUGGAGAGGAUUUGGGCCUCCGGGAGUGCCCGGAGAGCGCUGAAGACCUAACCCUCCACUACUGGGCGUUGUUCGACGGCCACGCCGGCUCUGGGGCGGCUGUAAUGGCUUCCCGCCUUCUGCAUCACCACAUCGCCCUGCACCUCCAGGAGGUGACGGAGAUCAUCUGCACUCCAAACCUGCUGCCCCCCACGUGCCUCGGCGAGGAGCCUAUCAAUCACCACCUCACCCCGACGUCCCAACGCGCCCUCACCAGGGCCGCCUCGCUCCGCGGCGCUGCGGGAGCUCCGGGCUCACCCAGCACCCCGCCCACGCGAUUCUUUACCGAAAAGAAAGUGUCACCCGAGAGCCUGGUGGUCGGAGCCAUCGAGAAUGCUUUCAAAGACAUGGAUGUGCAGAUAGAGAAGGAGAAGGCUGUCUACAACGUCUCAGGUGGCUGCACCGCUCUGGCUGUCGUCUUUUUGCUCGGGAAGCUCUACGUUGGGAACGCCGGAGACAGCAGAGCCAUCAUUAUCCGGGCCGGGGAAGUCCUCCCCAUGUCAGCAGAGUUCACGCCGGAGUCAGAGAGACAGCGACUGCAGUUCCUGGCCUACAUGCAGCCACACUUAUUAGGGAACGAGUUUACACAUCUGGAAUUCCCGAGGAGAGUCCAGAGGAAGGAGGUGGGGAAGAGGAUGCUGUACCGUGACUUCACCAUGUCGGGAUGGGCGUAUAAAACCAUCGAGGACGAUGACCUAAAGUUUCCCCUGAUCUACGGCGAAGGGAAGAAGGCUCGUGUGUUGGCGACCAUCGGAGUCACCAGAGGUCUCGGGGACCACAAUCUGAAAGUGCACGACUCUAACAUCUACAUAAAGCCCUUCCUGUCCUGCUGCCCGGAGGUCAAAGUUUACCCCUUGACGCAGUGCGAGCACGGAGCCGACGACGUUCUGGUGCUGGGAACCGACGGUCUGUGGGACGUGCUCUCUAACCAGGAAGUAGCCGAAGCGGUCACCUGUUUCCUGGCAAACUGCGACCCCGACGACCAGCACAGGUACACAAUGGCGGCUCAAGACCUCGUAAUGAGGGCGCGUGGCGUGCUGAAGGAUCGAGGCUGGAGGAUAUCCAACGACAGAUUAGGGUCCGGAGACGACAUAUCUGUCUACAUCAUUCCCCUCAUGUACGGCAACAAGCAGAACUAGCUGAACCUACAACCACCGCCGAAACGUAACCCUGCCUUGACUUCCCCUCAUCCCUCGUGCUCUUUUUAAAGUGCUCUGUAGUGUCCUCCUCUGAUGAGGGAUCCAAGAUGUCUCUGGUCAAAAAUGGAGUGUUUUUGUCCUGGCUGUUUUCCCCCUUUGAUCAUCCUCAAUCUCUUUUUGUCUGGUCCUUUUUUUUUAUAGAAAAAGAAACAUGAAAUGAGCCGUUGAAGAGUAGAACUACUGAUUUUUUUUUUCUCCAAUCUCGAGGAAGCCAUCAUGAACCUUGUUGCGUGUCGAUGCCUGAGGUCGAGAGCGUAGACUCUCGUGGAGGAGACGUCGAUAUGCAUCUCAGGAUCGCAGUUACUAACUAAUGCACAAUAUUUAUAAAUGUGAAAAAUGUAAAUACUCCCAAAGGUGUAAGACAUUUGAUAAGUGUGUUUGGUUUAAACACCUGUACAGUGUAAAAAAACAACAAAAAAACAACUAGCCUAAAGACUGAUGUCCUGCAUAAUAUGAAUCAUACCUCCUCUGUUCCGUGUAGAGCUUUUACAUUAGCCACGUUCAGUUAGUCUGUUAGUCCUUCUCUGGACAGGAUGUCAGCUGGUUCUCCGGAUGCUGCAGUUGCUAUUUUUAUUCAUUUGCACGCCUUGCAUUGCAAAACUGUACUCACUAUUAUUCCUUUGGAAAUGAAGAAACACAUUUAUGAAGAAUACACUAACCGAAGGAGCUACCGUACGUGACCCUGGUCUCAUCAUAGUAUUAAAUCUAGCCUAGCUUUUACGUUAAAGGGUAACUUUGGUAUUUUCGCUCAAGGAGAAGUCUCGUUGUGAAAUCUGAAUAUCCGUAAUCUCUGGCUCAGAUAAAUACGAGCAGCCAUCGAAUUCAUCAUCCACAUUGUCAAAAUCAUCUAAAUAUUCAGCCUUGACAUUUAGAUAACACUACUCUACGCUUUCUGUACUCCAACACAACAAACACUACUGGGCUGGCUCUCGUGGAUGUAUUCCACUAUUCCAUCGUUGACCACCGGCAACACGUCGCCUCGGCAGAUUUCAGAAUGAGACUUCUCCUUGAGGGAGACUCUUUACAUAAUUUCAGACACUUACAAUAACAAUCAGAGCCUGUUAUGGCAA